CUGUUUAACCGCCAAUAAAGCUGCAGAAGAAGAAGAACCAGGAAGUGGCAGAAAGACCCGGGAAAGUCCGACUGUUUACAGGACAUCCAGGAGAACAGGGCGGGUUCUGUCGGGUUCUGGUGGUUCUAGCAGACGGGCUUCAGGAUGCUGAUUGGUCCGGAGCAGGAGGCUCUGAUUGGCCGAGUGUUUGAGUCCUACCUCACAGAGCAUCACCAUGGCGACCUGCUGCAGCUCUCUGGAGGUCUUCCUGAGGAGAUCCACCGUCCUGUGGUGGUCAACGCCAUGACGCUGUUCGAGACCAGCAUGGAGGUUGGAGAUUAUUUCAAUGCUUUUCCUGAAGAUGUUCUGGCUGUGUUUAAUAAAGUUCUACACAGAAAAGCUGUGGAGGCGUCACAGGGUUCUCCUCUCAGACCCAACGGAGAACAAAGAAGGAACCCAAUGCUCCAUGCCAGAAUCACAGGCCUGCCGGUGUGUCCAGAGCUGACCAGAGACACCGUCCCUCGGUCCAGAGAUGUUGGACACUUCCUGUCUGUGACUGGUACCGUCAUACGAACCAGCGCUGCCAAGGUUCUGGAGUUUGAGCGGGACUACAUCUGUACAAAGUGCCGUCAUGUUUUCACGGUCCAGGCCGACUUCGAGCAGUUCUACACCUUCGUUCCUCCACAGAGCUGCUCCAACCCGGCAGGAUGUAACUCAUUUAAGUUCAGCUGUUUGUCGGAGGGCUGUGAACCUUCAUCCUGCAGGGACUACCAGGAGAUCAAGAUCCAGGAGCAGGUGCAGCGUCUGACGGUGGGCAGCAUCCCUCGCUCUGUGGUGGUGGUUCUUGAGGACGACAUGGUGGAUAGCUGUAAGUCAGGAGAUGACGUGACGGUCUACGGGGUGGUGUGUCAGCGCUGGAGGCCCCUGUUCGAAGGUUCUCGCUGUGAGGUGGAGCUGGUCCUGAAGGCCAACAACAUGGAGGUGAACAACCAGCAGACGGCUGCCACUCUGCUCAUUAAGGACGUCCACAAGGAGUUUGAGGAGUUCUGGCAGAGUUUCAAAACCGACCCCAUCGCCGGAAGGAACCACAUCCUGCUGAGUCUGUGUCCGCAGGUCUUUGGGAUGUACGUGGUGAAGCUGGCCGUGGCCUUGGUGCUAGCUGGAGGCGUUCAGAGAGUGGACUCCUCUGGAACCAAGAUCAGAGGUGAGUGCCACAUGCUGCUGGUUGGAGAUCCAGGAACAGGAAAGUCUCAGUUCCUGAAGUAUGCAGCAAAGAUUACGCCUCGGUCUGUCCUCACAGCAGGAAUAGGAUCCACCAGCGCAGGUCUGACGGUGGCGGCUGUGAAGGAUGGAGGUGAGUGGCACCUGGAGGCUGGAGCUCUGGUUCUGGCUGAUGGAGGUCUGUGUUGCAUCGAUGAGUUCAGCAGCAUCAAGGAACACGACCGGAUCAGCAUCCAUGAAGCCAUGGAGCAACAGUCCAUCAGCGUGGCCAAAGCCGGGAUAGUCUGUAAGCUCAACACUCGGACCUCCAUCCUGGCAGCCACCAACCCUAAAGGCCGCUACGACCCCAGGGAGCCGCUGUCGGUCAACGUUGCUCUGGCCAGUCCUCUGCUCAGCCGCUUCGACCUGGUUCUGGUUCUGCUGGACUCCAGGAACCCAGACUGGGACCGCAUCAUCUCCUCCUUCAUCCUGGAGGACCGAGGCCUGCCUGCUGACUCCUGCAUCCUCUGGUCCAUGGAGAAGAUGAAGGUCUACUUCAGUGUGAUAAAACAGCUGCAGCCGCAGGUUUCUGACGAGGCCAACGUCAUCCUAACGCGUUACUACCAGCUGCAGCGGCAGAGCGAUGGACGCAGCGCUGCAAGAACCACCAUCCGCAUGCUGGAGAGCCUGAGCAGACUGGCUGAAGCUCACUCCAGACUCAUGUUCAGAGAGACGGUGACCAUCGAGGAUGCUGUCAUCGCUGUUUCUGUCAUGGAGUGUUCUAUGCAGGGCGGUGCUCUGCUGGGAACCGUGAACACGCUGCUGACCUCGUUCCCGACCGACCCGGACCUUCAGUACCGGACUCAGUGCCGGGUUCUGCUGGAAGGACUGAAGCUGCCGCUGCUGCUGCAGAAGGAGAUGGACCGACUGGACAGGCUGAAGACCAGCAGCUCUGAGGGUUCCCAGUUGGACCCACAGACUGGAGACCAGCAGAGUCCGGGUUUAGGAUGGACUCUUCACAGCGUCUCUCCUGAGGACAGCAGCUUCAUCCCAGCUCCACUGUCAGCAGACCACAUCAUGACAUCCACUCAGGAGAACCACCAGAAUGUUCUGAGGAACAUUGACUUCAAACAGGACGAAGGUCCUGGAAAAAGUGUCGCCUCAGAAAACCCUCAGAAAUGGAAGGAAGAACGUCACCGAGAGAUUCAAAAGGUUUCUGAGGGUGUGAGAUUCCAACAGCAGCAGAACCAUCAUCAUCAUGCAGAGGGGGUGGGGCCUGUGGUGGAGGGGGCGGGGUCAGUAGAGACAGGUAAAUCUGCUGCAUCAGAUAAACUCCGUUCCUCGAAGGUCUUCCAUCAGAACAAACCUUCUUCUGGUCCAGAGGGUCAGUGUGAGGAUGGCAGAGACCCGAUGAAGAACCUCAGAGCGGCGCUGAAGAACCAGACGGCAGCUGAAGGUCCAUCUGACCUGCAGAAGAAGCUGUCAGGCUUCAGGUUCAGACCCACCAAGAGGAAUCCAGUCAGUCCAGAUGAUUCAGCCACAAAGAACCAGCAGAACCUGGUCAAACAUGUUCCUCAGGUCAGAGAGCAGAGAACAGCUAGAACCGGUUCUACAGCUGUGGAACUGGAUCAGAGAAGAACCACUACAGAAGCUCUGAGUCCACAGAAGAGAAGAACCAACACUGGUGACCAGACGAGAACCUUCACAGCUUUAGAACCAAACUCCAAUGAUCUGCUGAGAUCCAGCAGAACCGUGGCAUCCUCCACUCGGGCCAAACUCUCCAGGUUCUCCUUCACAUGUGCAGGUGACACUGGACAUCUGAGUUCUAAAACAAAGAGAACGCUGAGUUCUCCUGACAGUCCUUUAGGAAAGAGGAGCAGAACCCAGCAGGUUCUACCCCUCUCAGCUGCAGGAUGGAACCAGAAAGAACCUGCAACUGAAGCCGACUCCAGAACCGAGCAGACGGAGGUCCAGCAGCAGCACAGACCCAAACCGAGUGACGCUCAGGUUCCCUGUGGGCAGAACCGAAGGUGUUUUAGACGGGACCCCCCAACAGGUUCUAAAGGUUCUGCAGCUUUGUUCUCAGGACUGAGUCUGUUUGGUUCUGCUGAGCUCUCUAAUGAUGUUCUGGACACCAACUGGGACCAAGAGGUUCUGAAGAAAAGCUGAAGCCAUCAGCUCGAGAACGUUCUACAUGAAGAACCACACAGCUGGUUGUGAUGAUCAAGAAUAAAAACAUUCUAAAUUCUGAUCUCUGGGUUCUUUCCUCCUUCAGCACGUAACGGAACCAGACGUCUGGUUCUGGAAACGGAACCAGAAACAUUUCUUUCUUUCUUCAUGUUUAUGUUUGGGCUGCACAGUGGAGUAGUGGUUAGCACUUUGUCCUUGCAGUAAGAAGAUCCCUGGUUCAAAUCCCGGCCUGGGAUCUUUCUGCAUGGAGUUUGCAUGUUCUCCCUGUACAUGCGUGGGUUUUCUCCGGGUACUCCGGCUUCCUCCCACAGUCCAAAAACAUGCUGAGGUUAAUUGGUUCCUCUAAAUUGUCCGUAGGUGUGAAUGUGAGUGUGAUUGUGUGUCUGUAUAUGUAGCCCUGUGACAGACUGGUGACCUGUCCAGGGUGUCCCCUGCCUUCACCAGAGUCAGCUGGGAUAGACUCCAGCACCCCCCAUGACCCUAGUGAGGAUAAAGCGGUGGAUAGAGGAUGGAUGGAUCUUUAUGUUUGAAACUGAAUCUUUGGUUCUUUUCAAACAUUUUACAGAAAAAUAAUGUGCAGAUUCUGAAACCCACCGCAGUAACAGACAGUUUAAAAACAGUGAACGGAGGAUUUCUACUCUGCUGUACUGCAGUACACUGAAGUACUUCAUUAAUAUUCAGUGUUUACUUCUUUAGAUUUUAAUCAGCAACCAUGGUUGAAGUAAACUGUUGACUUUUUUUCAAAAACCUGUCUGAACCUCAUGGAGCUGCAGGUCACAGUAGUACUACAUUAAAUACUUCAAUAUGGAGUACUGGGUCUGAUGUUUGGUUUUUUUUUUUACUUUUUUUUAACAAGAACAUGACAAAUCUGUACACCUUUCGACACAUAAGGGACCGUUUAUCAUUUCAAGCAGCAAAUGUGUUUAUGCAUGCUCUGAUUUUUUCCCAUCUCAGUUAUUGUAUAACCUCCUGGUCACAGGCAACGAUCACAACAAUUAGUCCAGUAAGAAUGAUCUAUAACAGAGCCUUGACAAUACUGGCUAGAAAAUCUGUUAGAACCCACCAUUGUGAAGGUUUGCAGAGGUUGCACUUUCUUAAUUUUGAAAAUUUUAUAAACUUCUGUAAUUUAAAACGAAUGUAUAAAUGUCUGUACAAUCAAGCCCCUGAGGUUCUUGGACAGUUCAUUGUUCCACUUAGAGCAACAGGCUCAAGAACACGCGGAGCCUUUAAUGGGAAUGUGAAAGAGCCGAGGAGAGACACUGUGUUUGGAAGAUCUGCUUUUUCUGUUAAGGUUGCUAAACUGUGGAACUCUCUGUCACGCGAACUGAAACAAGACCGAGAUCUAGGAACCUUUAAAAAUGAACUGAAGCUGGUUUUAAAAGGGGAUCAGGUCUGCAACCAUUUUUAGAUUGACCAGAAUGUAUUUGUCUUUGUAUUAAUGGUGGUGUUCUUUUUUCUCUCUCUCUUCUGUAAAAGCCCUUCUAGGGACGGACUUUGCAAAUUAGCUCUGGCUGUAAAUGUCAUAGUGUUGUACAUGUUUAUUGUAUACGCUGGUCCCUAUUAAAUAAACAAUAAACAAAUAAACUCAAA